AUGCACGAACGGCUACUUUUCCUCUUGCGAGGGUUAGGGUUCUUGGAUGAGAGGCGAUCGAUCCGGGCGCUCAGCAGCGACAUUGGCAGCGCCAAGAAGAUGCCGACGCCUCUCACGCUGCGUGUGGAGGAGGGGAUCGUCCAAGGUACGACGUUUGAUUCCGGGAGGCUCAAGCACAUCACCAUCGGGCGCACAAGAACAAACAGGUUCCAGAUCAAGGAUGAGACAAUCUCGCAGAAGCAUAUGUCUGUGGACUGGGUGGACGAUGCGUGGGCGGCCCAGGAUCUGGGAAGCUCCAAUGGCACCACCGUGAACGGCGUCUCGAUCGGGGUCAAGACGCCCUACAGGCUCUACAACGACGACCUCCUGCGAAUUGGGGUGGACACCCGGAUCAGGGUCAUUUUUCACGAUGGAUCGGGCUCCAGGAAGCUGGAAUCCGUGAAAGAAGAGGGCGAUCAAAACGCCCAAGAAGAAGAAGAAGAUCUAGCGGGCCAGGGAGAAAACGUGAAGAACGACGCCAUGGAAGAACGCAUAGAACAGGAAGUGGUGGUGAGCACCUCUCGAGCAGCGCGGAGGCGGCCCACGACGAGCAAAAAAGCCAAGCCCGUGAGCCAAAGCACAGAGAUGACGCUCAGGGACUGGUUCCGGCAAGAAAUGGUGCGCGUUCCAACCAUCUUACACGAGAGGGCCGAGGCCACCAUCAGAGAAAUGGAGAUCCACGCCGAGCAGUUGCGAGAGAGCUACGUGCACCUACAAUGCUGA